GAUACGAUUACUAUUAUAGGUUACACAUUUGUUUAAAAAAGAUCAAACGGAUGUGUCCCAAAUGAAUCCUUCCUUUCGUCUGAAAAUGACUUUUUCAAAAGCGAAAACUGCUUCAUUCACUUAUGGAAUUGUAGAGCAGCAUGGCUUCCUCCUGCGUUAUUGAUUUCAAAUGUAAAGAAUCAUCAUACCCUUCCCCUUCCUCUUACUCCCUCUCUUAUAUACAAAUCAACAAAAAUUUCCUUUUUUUUUCUCCUUUUUCUUAUCUAUCUCAUGUCUUUGCUUGUAUUUAUUCUAUGCUGGACACACCACAGAGUUUUCGGCAAAAGUUGAAAUUAGUGAGUCAAAGUCCAUCGUCAGCCUCAACGUCCUUAUUGACUACAACUGAUGCUGCUGUUGCUGCUGCUGCUGCUGCGACAACCACAUCAUGCAAAAUUUCAGAGAAUAACAGACAAAAGGAUGGCCAUUUACCAACUUUUUUGCACACCUCUCUUCCUACUGUUGUAAACAACGGUAAUGAAAACGUGGCAAUCAUGAUAACGAAUGAAAGUCAGAACAAUAAAACUCUACCAACGAACCGUUUCAAAGAUCAUCAAAGCAAUAGUAGCCACCAUCAUGAGCCAUCACCUAGCGUCCUUCCAGCAGCAAUGACUACCAUGCUGAGCGCUGAUCUGCUUGAGGAACAGCAACAGGAAAAAUUACGAAGAAGUUCUUGCAUCGUCCCUCCCAGAUAUCAUCAGACAAUCAAUAAGGCUAUCACUUUGACGAACCAUGGUCUCAAUACUGGUUCUACCAACACCACCAUCAUAAACAAGACGCUUAAAAGAAGAAGCUUAUCAGAUGCUUUUUCUUCCGUUCCAUCCACCAAUCCACCCAUGCUCCUCACCACUGCUGCCAAUACAACAACAACAACAACAAGAUUACCUAUGCCUGCAGGGCCCAUCUUACCCUCCGUUACCAAAAAGCAUUCAUUUCACGAGCGUACGACAGCACGUAAAAUACCGUCGCCAACAAAUCUUAAGAAAGUAAAAAGUAAUCAAUUCAUCAAAUCUACUACUACAACAGCAGCAACAGCUCUCCAUCAGCAACAUCACCGCCGUCCUCAUCACGGUAAUAUUCUCAAAAGUAAACCCAGCUUUGAAUAUAAAAUAAACCAAAAAGAAUCAAAGAAGGAACCUUCGGCCACCACCACUACCACCACCACUACUACUACUACUACUAUUCCGCCUGUUCCUUCUUCUCCAUUGACAAAGCAGGUCACUACUACAGCAAUAAAGACACGGUCAUUGUCACGAACCACAAGCUUUGCAACAUGCAACACUACUUUGUCAGCAACCCAUACUUAUACCAGUAACAACAAAAAAUGGAGGAUUGGCAAUGGGGAUAAUAAGCAGGACAACGAACCCGUACCGUCAUCGUCCACAUCAUCAGCAUCAACCACCAUGUCGUCGUCAGCGUCAUUGGUAACAACAAAGACAAGUGACAAAAGUGAAGACCCUCUUCUUCAUCUUACAGGCACCAAUGCCUAUCGAAGAAAAAGUAGUUCUCACAAUUUAAGAGACGUGAAACGUAAGAAGAGCAAUCAACAAUUACCAGUGCCUACGCCUGCGGGCGCUACAAAAGAUAGUUGUGGAUGCAAAGCAAUCAUUGACCAUUUCCAACAAGAGCUGGAAAAGGAACGCUUGAGCUCACAAUCCUUGAUGAAACAGAAAGAAGCCAUCGCUAAGGAUUUGGAUUACUUUUUCAACUUGGCUGACCAAUUGACCGAGGAAAGAGAUGCAUUCAAGCGAAAAUAUACGAAUGAAAAGCUAAAGAAUGAAAAAUUAGCCAGCCUCCUUAAGAGCGCACAUCAUGGCACAACACUGGAGUCAAAUAAACUUUGGUCAACAACCCUACGAGUCGAGGAGGAGGAUCACGACGACAAAUAUGAAAACAACCCUUUGAUGGUAUCCAAAAAUGAAGUCAUCAUCUCUCUGAAAGACGAUCUGAAAUUCGCACAACAACAAAUCCAGAUACUUAGAAACACCAUGGAACGGCUACUCAAGGCGGAUGGCAGCGAAAAGUCGCAAACAAUGGAGGGUAGCUACCCCGAGGUAAAGGAACAGGACAAAGCCGUCGCUAAAGACUCUAAAGAAGCCGACAGCACAACGAGUAUGACAAAAGAGCCCAACGGCUCUACCUACUUCAAGCUACAUGCUUUGAGCCCUCCUGUUCAGCAAAAUGCAAUGUUGAGCCCCUCCUCCCCUACCUCUUGCUAUAGUUCGGGACUAGCCCACGGUAGCACUACGACGGAAGAAGAAGACGACAUCAUGUCCAUCACAUCCAAAGAUUCUUAUAGCAGUCAUAAAAGUCAUCGACUAAAAAUACAAUAUGAGCUUUUGGAUGAUGACAAUGCACAAGCAUUUGCAUUUGACGCUCUUCGAAAGUCUACUGACAAUUUCUCCAGAAAAAACGUUGUAUCUCAACGCAAGGAUCAAAUAGAAGAAAUACUUGUUGAAGUUGAUCUUCAAUUAAAUAGAGUCAAGCGAAAAAAUGAGCUGUUGUAUCUUACUAAUAAACUGUCCUAAGAACUUUCUAUUUUUUUUCAGA